AUGGGGGUUCCUAUCUGGGCUGGUUGUUUGCUGGUGUUGGGUGUGAGUUUGAUCCUCCCUUUAGGAGGCUGUGCCGACGAGCCAGCGACACUUCGCGGAGUGAGCGCCGAGACAGAAAAACAUAUUUCUGCCGGUAAAGCACGCCUGCAGGACCUCCGCGAUGCGGAACGUCGCUGUCAUGAUGCCUGGCAAGCAAUUGUUGUGAUCGAUGGAGGCAGUAGUGCGACGCGGACGAAUGUAUUUCUGGCGAAGACCCGGUCAUGCCCACGUGGAGGCCGACACAUUGACCCCGACAGUAUUCGACUCCUCGGCGCGGGUAAGCGCUUCGCAGGACUUCGUGGAGUUUUAGAAAGCUGGCUAGACGCGUACGCUGGAGAGGACUGGGAGUCGAGGUCUGUUGAUUCCAAGCGUCUCUUCCAGCACGUUCCUGAGAUGGAAGACAGUGCAAGGGGCCUCAUGCAGCUCUUGGAGGACGACGCAGUUCGCAUCUUGGACGAGAAACUCACUGAGGAACAAAAGGUUCAGGUUCAAGCGAUGGGCGUUCCAGUCCUGCUGUGCAGCACGGCAGGAGUUCGUGAUUUCCACGACUGGUACCGCGAAGCCCUCUUUGUCAUUCUUCGCUUUCUCAUCAAUCACCCGAAGCCUGGCCACGGGUACAAAUUCUUCACCAACCCCGAAUGGACCCGACCGAUCACGGGCGCUGAGGAAGGUCUGUACGCAUUUCUCGCGCUCAACCAUCUUUCGGGGCGGUUAGGCGAAGACCCAGCUAGGUGUUACGUUGAUGAAUACGGGAUGAAGCAGUGCCGCAAUGACCUUGUUGGCGUGGUUGAAGUGGGCGGUGCUUCUACCCAAAUCGUUUUUCCACUACAGGACGGCACUGCCCUGCCCUCGUCCAUCCGUGCCGUUAACCUGCAGCACGAACGCUUUCUCCCAUCGCGUUUUCCGAGUGCCGACGUCAUAUCGGUUUCUUUUAUGCAGCUGGGUGUGGCCAGUUCCUCCGGACUGUUUUUCAAGGAGCUGUGCAGUAACGCCGAAUUUCGGCAUCAGGGGAUUUGCUAUAAUCCCUGUAUUUUCAGAGGCUUCCGACAGGCCUGUUCCGCGGGCGAUGUCGAGAUCCUUCCAGACGGAACCAUAGUUGUGGAUGAAGAUGUGCGAAAGAACAAGCUGAAGCCGGUGGCGACAUCUUGCUCAGCGAACAAUCCGGAAAUUAGUUUCAAGGCAAUGAAUGAAAUGCAAUGUCGCGAAAACAAGAUUGAUCCGACGAAAUCACUCGCGGAGCGGCUGAGGAUCGACGACUGCUUCCAGAUUGUAGGAACUGGUGAUUUCGACACAUGCCAAGCCCAGGUAGAAGAACUUCUCGUCAGUCCCAGGUUUCCACUUCCAGCGAACAUUGAGGCAGCGUCGUCAGGCUUCGAAUCUGUUGGUCAGGUUUUCAAGUUCGCGUCUACGGCGUCGCCGAUGGUCAUUACAGGAGGAGCGAUGUAUGCGAGCAUCAGCACAAUGCAAGGUUUCGGACUUCUUCCGAAAGACUUCCAGGGUGAUCUAGAACAACUGAUAGCUGCAUCACGUACAUACUGUUCGUCUCCAGUAGUUAACAGUGGAGAUGGCCUUGUCAUUCAGUUGCCAAACGCGGAACAAAAGCUGACUAGUAUGAACUACGACUUAUGCAAGACGAUCGCGCUGACUGUUUCGCUGCUUCAGCACAUGGAGGCAGGCGAGCAUAAACCGUCAUCCAUUUCCUGGCAAAAAACCGUUGUGGGACCAGAUGGAAAACCACGUGCUGAUCUUGGGUGGCAUGUUGGGGCAAUUCUUCAUCGUGUCCUCUUCACGGAAGAAUGGGGACGUACAGCUUAUGAGACGGGAUUUACAUACAACAUGUGA